AAUAACGCGGCUUCACAGACCACACAUUGUUUGACGGUAUAGAUCGAUGUUUCUGGGAAGCAGCAAACAUUACGAUAAACACUAAACAGUGUGAAUCCUCACUCCUAUAUAAACCCCACGCUGCUCUCACCAACACCUUGGCACUCUCAAAAAAAGAAAAAGAAAAUUCAUUAUUCUCUCCAAGCUAGUUUCUCUUUGUAGCGUUCAUUACUGAAGCAUGGAGAAUUUUGGUGAGGAGUACAAAAAUUACUGGGAGAACAUGUUUUUCCCAAGCGAAGACCUUGACGGUUGGGCAAUGGAUCAUGAGGGCUUCUCCGGGUACUAUGAUUCAAGUUCCCCGGACGGUGGGGCUUCAUCGGCGGCAGCUAAGAACAUUGUGUCGGAGAGGAAUAGGAGGAAGAAGCUGGACGAAAGGCUUUAUGCACUUAGAGCUGUGGUCCCCAACAUUAGCAAGUUGGAUAAGGCUUCUAUCAUUAAGGACGCUAUAGAGUACAUCCACCACUUGCAUGAGGAAGAGAAGAGAAUCCAAGCCGAGAUUUUGGAUCUUCAGUCUCAGAACCUCAAAAACCCAACCUACGACUUUCAGCAGUACCUCCCAAUUUUGCUCAGGUCUAAGAAGACCAGAACUCAACACCUCCUUCACUCUUCCACUUCACCUAUUCAACUUAUUGGGCUGAAAGUAACACAUAUGGCAGAAAAGACGUUUGUGGUGAGCUUGACAUGUAACAAAAGGACAGAUACAAUGGUAAAACUGUGCGAGGUCUUCGAAUCUUUAAAGCUGAAGGUCAUUACAGCCAAUAUCUCUUCUUUUUCAGGCACGCUUUUGAAGACUGUCUUCAUCCAGGCAGAUGAGGAAGAGAAAGAUAUUUUGCAGAAUAAAAUUGAGACAGCCAUUUCAGCUCUCAAUGAUCCUCAGAGCCCAAUGAGUAUCUGAUGAAAAUUCUGUUUUAGAGUUUCUAUAUUUCCCACUCAAAUGUUUUCUGUAGUGAAUUCAAAAAGAGUCUUCAAACUCUUUAGUUUGCUAGUUUUCUUCUUUUUCAUUUCCUGCAUGCCAGUAUGUCUAUCAUAUGUAUAGCGUCUAACGUUGCCUACAAUGAAAUUGGAUUUUCAUAUUUUCUGUA